AACAAGAUACCGAUAAAACAAAGCUAUAAUCUCGAGUUGACUCGUGAAUUUCCUGUGAAAAUCGAAUUAAAAUUGAAGCCCGAUUUGUGGCUUCGCUGUCGAGAUCAAAGAAUAUGUGGUGGAACGAAAUUCGGAAAAGAAAUUAGUGUAUUGGGUCAAAACUCAAAUGGAGAGGGAGAUGGCGAAUUCUUCAAGCCACAGCUGAAGAACAGAGCACAAAUCCGUUGAAGAACACAGAACUAGAUCACUAAUCGGGCAUAUUAUCGUGUUCAUCGCGACAGCCACUGAGAAAUCAAUGGUAUUUAACAGCUUAAUCGUGUUAUCGGUUGCUCAUUUAUCGGCCGAUGCAUCGCAAUGCAUUGCACGAUCUCCCGAUCGCCUCACCAGCCACCAACUUCUUUAUGUUCUCUUCAGCUACCCUCUUCAACAGCUCUCUCGCCUCGCCCUCUCUAUAUGGACCUUCUUAUGCGUUCCUCCACCGGGUUCCUUCUACUAUUACUACUACUCCUCCGACUACGAUUCCUCAUCCGAAUGAAUUCUCUCUCUGGGUGGACGCUUGGAGUUGCAUUCCCAUUCUAGCAUCUGAACAGUUCUUAGCAAGCUUUGUGUGAAUGCGAUUACGACAAAGAGCAUACGAAGUCCUCACCAAUUCGGUUACGGCCCUUGUCGGGUGUGUCUCACUUCCAAGUUCCAACAUCUGCUUGUUUUUUUUUGAAAAGCUUUACCAAAUAAUGUACAGCACAUGAAGCCAUCUGGUUACGUACCUCGUUGGCUCGUAUCCUUGGAUUAGUAGCGCACGGUGGUUAAGUUUGUAAAUAUGAUUUUUUCCUACUCAGGGGAAGGUAACAAAGUGAAAGAAGAAUGCCAGAAAUGUGUGUUUUCACUCUUAGAUUGGUGUUCGUUUUAUUAGAGCGUUUGCAGAUUUCAGCUCAGGUUGCCUUACGUUAAAGUCGGGGUUUGUCGGUCAGCUUGACCCGAUAUUGUGUGGAUCAUUUGAGAAAUGAUUGGAUUGUAAGGAAUGAAUGAAUGUCUGUCUGUUAAUGAAAGUGCUUGGAAGAUGAUCACUUUUUGCUAAUAAUCCAUGAGGUGAUGGUUGGUUUGA